GCGUUUGGACGUGUGAACCUAUUCAUAAUUUAUUUGAAUUUUAUUUAAAAAUACGAAAAUAUAAUCAUUAAAUAUCAACCAGUACCAGGAGACCAUAAUUGAUCGUGAGUUCUUAUUCCACUGUGCACAGAAUAGUUAUAAAAAUAAAUCGUGUGAAGGCCCCAAGCUACCAGGCGACCAUAGCGCACGGGAAUUACUCGAGCGCCGGAGAGAGACCGACCGUGAGUACGAUAUAUUUCGACAAGCUACAAUGCGAACGAACAUUGUGCGUACACACACACACGUCUCCUCCUCUACGUUUCUGCGUUCAUCGUUGGGUACCCGCUCGCGCUCGUCACCCGCCGCCCGGCGUCGUCGCGUGCGCUGCUACGUCACACACAAGUACUGGCUCUGUUUGAUUGCAGUUCAUAAGAGGAAGCGGUGGCGUUUUAAAUACAAAGUGAUCCAACUAUAUUUUUAUAACACAAUGCCAAACUUAACGCGGUCUCCAUUAAACAAAUCCUACAGCAUGUCUGAUUCAGAUGUUGAUAAGCUGGCUAAAAAGGAUACUGAGAUUACACAUGUACCUAAACGAGAAAGUAAACGUCGGCGAAUGGAACACGAAACAGAAGCGGACCCACUUGACAUCCGUAAAAUUAUACGAGAGGAACUUUGUGGAGUGUUGUCCGCCCUGCAGCAACAGAAUUCACGAAUGGAUGUUAUGGAGCAGCACAUUUCCGUCAUAAAAUUGCAAAACGACACUACAAUUGAGAAAAAUCUCGACAUUGAAAAAUCUAUACAAUUUAUCCACGAUAAAGUUGACGAUCUGCAUGUCGCGAUUAACGGUCUGGAAAAAAACCGAAAAGAAGUAGCCGCCCAAAUUUCCAAGAUCGAGGAUAAGUGUGACGCUCUUGAAAGAUUCACAAGAAAAACUAGUGUUCAAAUAAGAAACGUCCCUAAGCAAAAAGAUGAAACAAAGGAAAGCCUUUCCUUGAUAAUAACUAAGUUGGCUGCAUCUCUCUCUGUCAACCUUCAGGCUGCUGAGCUGCGGGAUGUUUAUCGUAUGCCAUCAAAACCUGACUUAUCUUACUCCACUGUUAUAGUGGAAUUCUCCACCACCAUACUAAAAAACAAAUUUCUCGCUGCAACGAAAACUUAUAAUGCUUCCGCCAGAAAAUUGAAAACUGAACAACUAAAUUCAACUCACUUUGGUUUGACUGGACCUCAAAGUAAAAUUUAUGUUUCGGAACAUCUAACUGCCCAAUCAUCACGUCGUUAUUUCCUUGCUCGUGAGUUCUGCCAGACUAUGGAGUAUGACUUCUGCUGGACAGCCAAUGGACUUAUUUACUUAAGGAAGAAACAGGGUGAGCCACAUAUACUCGUCAGAACAGAAGCUCAACUUCAAUCACUUAAAAAAAUAUGA